GCGGAAGUAAGCCGUGGCGCGCCCCAUGGAGUCGCUCCUGCAGCACCUGGAGCGCUUCUCGGAGGUGCUGGCCGUCUCCCGCACGCCGCACGUCAGCACCUGGGACCCCGCGACCGUGCGCAGGGCCCUGCAGUGGGCUCGCUACCUGCGCCACGUCCACAGGCGCUUUGGCCGCCAUGCCCGCAUUCGCACGGCUCUGGAGCGGCGGCUGCAGAACCAGUGGAGGCAGGAGGGCGGCUCUGGGCCGGCGGCGGCCCCGGGGCUGACGAACUUCCAGGCCUUGGGGCGCUGCGACCUCCUUCUGUCCCUGCGCCUGCUGCAGAACCGGGCCCUCGGGGAGGCCGCCUGCCACUCCCUGCUGCAGCAGCUCUUUCCCGGCCCCGGCGUCCCGGGCGCCGACGAGGACACGCUGCAAGGCCGCCUGGCCCGCCUGGCCCGCCGCCGGUCGGCCGUCCACAUGCUGCGCCUCUGCGGCUCCAGGGAGAGCCCGGUCCUGCAGGAGGACGCCCUGAUGAAGACGCAGGCGGAGCUGCUGCUGGCGCGCCUGCGGGAGGCGGGCCGGGCCGCGGCCGCGGGCCCCGGCGGGCUGCUCAGCAGCCUGUGGGAGCGCGUGCCCCACGACAACUUCCUGAAGGUGGUGGCGGCCGCGCUGCUGCUGCCGCCGUCGAGCCCCCGGCCCCGGGGAGAGGAGCUGGAGCCCGGCACCCCCAGCACGGCCGGAGAGGGGCGUCGCGAGCUGGUCCGCUGGCUUCUGGGCAGGUCGGACAUCAUGGCCGCCUUCUGCCGCCGCCUCCCCGCCGGCGUGUUAGCUUCCGUGGCAGGCCGCCACCCGGAGCUCUCCCGGGGCUACCUGGGCCUCCUCACGGACUGGGGGCGCCAGCUGCGCUACGACCUGCAGCAGGGCGUCUGGGUUGGAGCAGAGCCCCAAGGCGUGCCCUGGGAGGAGUUGUACGGCAGGUUUGAAAGCCUCUGUCGGGCCCCUCCUCCUCUGAAGGAUGAAGUCCUAACUGCGCUGGAGUCCUGGAAGGCCCAGGAUGGAGGUUUCCAAGUCCGUGGCCUCAGCGUCUGGACAGACCUGUUGUUGGCUCUUGGGAGUGGUACAUGACAUUGCAUUUGGGAAACGAGUUUUAGGUCUCCGCCCAGGCCCCGGUUCCCUAUGGGCCACGUUCUGUUAUUGAUUACUCGAAUAUACGGUUUACAAAAUUAAAAUUCCGGUGUUCUCACCACAUCUCCUAUACUUUCAUGUGUCCAAAAAUUAUUUUAGGUGCUAAUUUACAAUAGGUGUAAUUAUAAUUUACAAUUAUAAAUAUGUAAAGUGACUGGCUUGUAGUGCCAUGGAUUUUCUGGAUAGAGGAGGUGACAUUGGAAGUUAUCCUACUUUAAGCCAUGGAAUUAACAAUAGUUUGCUUUUUUAGAAGAUCGUUUCUAAGAAUGCCAAAAAGAUAACGUAGUUUUUAAAGAAAAAGCAGCUUUAAAGUGACAGACAAGACUUUUUUCUAUCGGUAGGGUUUACUUUUGUAGGGUUCUUUUCCCCCCAGGUAAUGAAGAGUUUUCUUUAACUACAACAGUGAGUUGUCAGAAAUGUUGAUUUGAAAAGCUAACUGGCUUAUUUGGAGUUUAAACCCUAGACUUUGGCCUGGUUAACCUAAUGUCCUAACCAGUUAACCAGCCUGAACAUGUAUUAAAAUUGUGUUGUUCAGAAAGUUUGUUUCUCAUUUCUUCAGCUUAACUGCUCUGAAAUGGAAAGACCAAACAGUACUUUAAAGCACUGACUUAAGGACAAGAAAAAAAAUUGUUCAAAGCAUAGUAAAUACAAAUAUAUGGCUUUGGAUAUUAAUUCAGUAUUUGAUGAUAUAAGAAUCAAAACUUCUGAAUUAGAAGACACAGAUUUCCGUGCUGCUUCUGCCAUUAACUAGGUUAAUAAAUCACAACCUUGGUGUUGUAGUUGCCUCAUAUGUUAAAUGAAGUGUUUAGAAUAGUUAAAUUCUCUAAUUUCCCCUUGGUGGCUGCCCUAUGGGGACAGCUUAGAAUAUUUGUUUAGUGUGUAUAGGAAUCUAAUUUUGUGACUUUACCCAGGUGCUCCACAACUGGCAGAGUGUCACCAAACUUAAGAAAAAUUUAUUAAGAAAAUUGAUUCAUUUUUGUUAGUGGGUUAUAACUUUCCCUUCAUCAAGAUAUUUUUGUCCGUAUCCCAGUUAGUUGGUAGCAAAAAUCUUUGGAAAACGUUGAUAUUCAGAAAGUUCAUUUUUAAUUCCAGAAAUGAAAUUAGAGCAAAAGAAGUUGUAUAAUCUUGUACCAUUUUUUAUUCUAUAGUAGAACUUGGAAUAAGCUACUGUCCGCUAGCAAGUUCAUUUUUCUGGAAUGUCCUGGGUUAACACUAACAGGUUCUUGUUUCCUGUGGUCCGAUUCCUUUUUCUAGCUCAACAACAUUUGCCAUUAAUGCAAGAAGAAAGGCAAUUCCUUCUGUCAGUUACAUGAAAGUCUUUUUUCAGGAAACAUAACCCAAUGAAGAGUUCUACCUGGCCAAGUCCUAAUAUUGGCCCAUAACCCUAAGCUUUAGUUUUAGAGAAUGACAGUUUGUAAGCUUAUUCCCCUAUUUCUGCAGCUACAUGGCACACUCUAAGACGAAAUGAUAAAAAUUGAUAUAGACUUGAUAAAGAAAAUUUUAAAAUACAUUUUUAUACUUACCAUAUCUUAUUUUAGGCUCCAUGCUAUGUUCAGUACAUAGAUAAUCUUGUUUAAUCCUCACACCAAGACUGUUCUUAUAAAUCAGGAUAUAGGCUAAAAGAGAUUAGGUACAAUGCUCAAGGGCAUGCAGGAAAUAAGCAACAUGACAGCAGAAGCUAUAUCUUGUUGUUUUCCCCCCAGAGCCUAGGACAGCGCCUGGCAUGUGGUAGGUACUCCAAAUGUUUGUUUGAAUAAAUGAAGCCAGGGUUAGAACCUUAAUCUAUUUUCUUUAUCUAGUUUUAAACAAAAUUAAAGGCUUAAAAGAUGCUGUUGAAUAUAGUAAUAAUCUUAUCGCUCUAGGAAUCUACGUCUAGGAAGAAAAAGUGAGAGAAAUGAAUGGGAAAUUGAAUAAAAAAUUGAAGCUUCUCGUGAGCCAGCAGAUAAAAUGACUGCAUGUCUGUUGUUUCCUGUUAGAACAUCUGAGGACAGCCAUCUCAAUGCUCUCUCAGAACUACUCUUGGGCUGCUUGUAUAUUUACUGAGUAUGUUAGAAUAUUUCAAAACUAAAUGCUGUUGUGUCUGUGAUGGCUGUUUAUUAAGGUUCUGAUUCUAGUGGAAGAUGUGAAAGAUUUGGCAUUUAGUGAAUAAAUAAGGCUUUGCGUUUG